CUCUUCACCUGGUCAUUUCUGGAGUGAGGUCCUUUUUUUCUCGAAAGAGAACCCGUCUGACAGGACUUCAGGACUUCGGGUGGAGUUGGGAUUGUGUUGGUUAUUCUCAUUGUUCAAAAGCCUUGUGGGCCGUCUUGGAAUAUAGAUAUUCAGAAGGUCGAACGACAGUGCGCCCUCAGUUGGAGAAAUGUCAAUCUACACGCCUAUCUUUCCACCAGUUCCCGUUUCUGUCCCUUUUUCUUCACCACCGUCUUCGUCGAACGCGACCUCUUCAUCAACGCCAUCCUCAUGGAUCACCCUGCUUUCCCAGCGGCAUAUCGCACUAGCCGCUACCCCAUUAGAAUUAUGCCCUCCCUCUUCGCCAAAGCUGGACGAGAAUCAUGUUGACGAGAUUCGCCAGAAGAUCUGCGAUGCUGUGAAGGCUUCAAAGGGCGAUGCAUCAAUGGGGAAGUGGGCACAUGUCGCAAGGUUAACCAAGCUGGGGUGUACUAGGGGACGAUGGCAAGGUGCAGGGAUGCGCCAUCUUGAGCCAAAGCCAAAGGGGGAUAGGGAAUGGUUUCUUGCAGAAACAGACGAGGAGUGGGUGGCUUGGGAGAAGAACAGAAAAGAGACUGCGACGCAAGGAGAGAAGAGAGAGAAGACCAAACAAGAUGAAAUGGAGGAGACAGUGCGUGAACAGGUUGCUAGGCCCCCGUCUCCUCAGGUUACUCUCAGCGAAGAGAUUGCCACGGAAGAGAAGAACGACGCUGGCGGUGCCCCGGCCUCACAGGCCAGCGAUGUAGGACACAUGAAGGGGGUCAAGGGCAAAGGUAAUAGCGAUGUAUCAGAGCGCCCGACCCCUCUCGGGUUUCCGGUCGUGAAGCGCGCCGCUACACUCUCAAAGAAGGGUUCCGGAAAGCAGACUACAUCCCCGUACUUCAAUAAUUCUCGAAACGUAAACAUUCCGGGGCCGUCAGAAGCUCAAGUCGACCCUGCUCCCAAAAUCUCUCAGUUGCCAAGUCCUGCUCCGAAGGACACGCCUUCGCUACCGGUCAGCGACAUUGGCCCCACUCCCAUACCUGGACCCGGCUCGGGGCCGCGGCCUGUAGUAAGAGCUCAGCGGAUUGAUGAUGUCUCCGAGAUUUUCUUUCCCCCGUCGUUCCCGUCUCAUCUUCCUACAUCAACACCGCUGGCCCCCAUCCCUUGCGCACAACCGAAGACCAAACCUCCUCCCAUCCCCAUCGUUGAACCGCUUUUUCUUUCUUCGCCUCUGUCGCAACCCGACUAUGCGACCAUCGCAAUCUCAUCAUCGCCGUCCUCCCCGGUUUCUCGCAAACGUCCACACUCAUCCAGUCCCACGCCAGUCUCUGCACGGGCGUUGCAUUCCAUCAAGAAACAGCGCUCAGUGAGUAAAACACCGCCAACAAGCCCCCCACCGCCCAUCGCGCCAGAGGAGUCUGGUAAUGGUCUAGGCAAUGCUAAAGGCCUACCACUGCCUACAACCCCUGAUAAACAGGCACUGCCAACGCUUUCGCAGCUUCUCGCAUCGUCUCGACGGUCCAGACCACGGCCACGACCACCAUCACGCAAGGGGUCAUCGGUUUACGGACAUGACGAGACUGACGAUUCGAAGCGCAAGGGCAAGAGCAAAGAUCUCGGCCGACCGCUAACGCCACCCUCUGGCACUAGAACUUACUUUUCCUCGCCGGCCUCGGGCUCUUCGUCGGAGGGUUCACCACAGCUCCGUCCAACGUCCCCUCCAUCUCCCCUCUUCCCCGAUUAUACGGUACAUCCGUCGGGAUUUGCUCCCGACCUCAUCUCAACUCAGCCAGGUGCGGCCGGUACGCUUGAACGCAAGAAUAGUAGUGGGUAUCUCGGGAUGGGGUAUAAUUCGCAGUUCGACGUGGAGGGAAAUAUCGAUAGGGUCUCCGAGCUUCUGGAAAGAGACGUAGACUUUGGAGCGUGGUUGAGGGAUAUACCGCCGUUGGAUGAACAGGACAACAUCGCUCACCCGGAUAAUGCGGAUGUCGAACAAUAA